UAGGCUUGUGUAUGAGUUGUGUUUGUGUAUCGAGCGUAGAUUCAUUGUGGUUAUUCUACAAAUGAAACUUUAAAAAGAAUAAAAAGCAAUUGUUGAAGAGAAACGAAAUUAAAAUGGCCAUCUACUCCACCAUACAGCAACAAAACGCAAUCAAUAUGAAAUACAAGAAGAAACUUAAAAAAUUGAAAAAAUUUAUUGAGAAUUUGGUGUUUGAAAAUGCUGCUUUAUGUGACCAGGUCUCUCAGGUACAGGAGAGUAUCGUAUCGGUGAAGGAAGAGCGUCGUUUUCUGCUAAAAAGACUUAUGGACAAAGACAGUGAUUUAGCGAAGGAACUAAGCAAAAAACAAUCAAACGAUUCCGGAACAGCAACUCAAUCAACUCGAAAGCCAUAUAAAAAACGAGCGAAAAAACAACAAGCGACCCAACCAUCGGAUAUCGUAUCGCUUGAUUCAAAUGACGCAUCAUCAUUUCCCAUUGAUUUGGGUGCACUGAAAAUUCUUAGCAUCGGUCAGAUAAUCUACGAUCGACCCCAUUACCACACAGAAAAUUGGAUUUAUCCAUCUGGUUUCAUAUCGACACGCAGUUAUGCACACAUCAAAGACAAAGACGAAAAGGGCUUGUACACAUGCCGAAUCACAGAAAAUGGUGAUUUUCCACGUUUUGAAAUCAUUCCCGAGUGGGAUCCACAAGCUAUAAUGCACGGUCCAACAGCCGACUUGUGUCAUGCGCUUCUUAUUCAAAACAUCAACGAAAAUACCGGCCAAAAUUCGGAAUUACAACCACAAGGCGAAUGGUUCUUUGGCUUAACACACUCAACGGUUACAAAUAUUUUACAAAAUUCAGUUGACAUUAAAAAAUGCACAAAAUUCAAAGGUUUCAAUGAAAAUGCACACUCCAUUGACCAAAAUACAGGCCAUUCGGUAAAUUACGGUGCAUUUGAAAAGGACAUCGCCAUAUCGAAUUAUCAUACUGUUUUGGAAGUCAAAGAAGAACCACCCGAUGAACUGUUUUAACAAAUACAGUAGAUUGUAGUUUGUAAUUUGUUCAGUUUUGCUUUUGCAGAAAUACUGUUCCUGCAUGAAAUGAAAUUUGAAAUAAAAAUAAAUUGAAUUUUCUGCACUUAAAA